AAUUAAAAAGGAGGAAGAGGAGGAUGUUACAGUGAAAGAAGAGAAAGAACCGUUUGGAGUGGAAGAGGGGGUAGAGGCUGUCACAGUGGAAGAGGAGGAGGUAGAAGCAUUCAAAAUGGAAGAGGAUGCUAUCACAUUGAAAGAGGGGGCUGUUACAGUGAAAGAAGAGAAAGAACCGUUUGGAGUGGAAGAGGAGGCUCCCUCAAUAAAAAAGGAGGACAUUUUGGGAGUGAAAGAAAAGGAAGAAAUGGGGGAGGAGACUGAAGACCUGAUUAACACCAGAGAGAGACCAGACUCGCACUCUGACAAUUGUCCUUCAGGGGAUCCAGACCCGGAGAAGAGUCCUUCGGGGGAACCAGACCCAGGGAAGAGUCCUUCGGGGGAACCAGACCCAGGGAAGAGUCCUUCGGGGGAACCAGACCCAGGGAAGAUUCCUUCGGGGAAACCAGACCCAGGGAAGAUUCCUUCGAGGGAACCAGACCCAGGGAAGAGUCCUUCAGUGGAACCAGACUUAGGGAAGAGUCCUUCAGGGGAACCAGACCUAGAGACGGCCAAACCAGUAGGACGACACUGUUGCUCCCACUGUGGAAGGAGAUUUACCAAGUUACACAACCUAAAAGAGCACGAGAGGACACACACAGGAGAAAAGCCUUUCCAAUGUUCCCAGUGUGGAAGGAGUUUUAGCCGGUUAGACAGCCUGAAAAUGCACGAGCUAAUUCACUCUGGAGAGAAGCCCUACCAAUGCUCCUAUUGUGUAAUGAGUUUUUCACGAUCACAGGCCCUCAAAAGGCAUGAGAGGACACACACAGGAGAAAAGCCUUUUCAAUGCUCCCAGUGUGGAAAUAGUUUUACCCUGUUGGCACACCUGAAAUCACAUGAGAGGACACACACAGGAGAAAAGCCUUUCCAAUGUUCCCAGUGUGGAAAGAGUUUUACCCGGUUAAGGACCCUAAUUAGGCAUCAAGGAAUACACAAAGAAGGAAGGAAGACCUUCCAUUGCUCUCAGUGUGGAAAGAGUUUUACUAAGUUAUGGGGCGUGAAAAUACAUGAGAGAAUUCACUCUACACACAGAGGAGAAAGGCCUUUCCAAUGCUCCCAAUGUGGAAAGCGUUUUACCCAGUUAGGGAACCUGAAUUUACAUAAGAUAAUUCACUCCGGAGAUAAGCCUUACCACUGCUCUCAGUGUGGAAAGAGCUUUAUCCGGUCAUGCCAUCUCAAAGAGCAUGAGAAAACACACACAGGAGAGAAGCCCUUCCAAUGCUCCCAGUGUGGGAAGAGUUUUGCCCGGUUAUGGAACCUAAAAGAGCACGAGAGGAUACACACAGGAGAAAAGCCCUACCACUGCUCUCAUUGUGGAAAGACAUUUUCCCGAUUAAGGGAACUGAAAUCCCAUUACAUUUCACACACUCUUAUCCAGAGAGAAUAACAAUUGGUGCAUUCACCUUAAGGUAGCUGGGUGAGACAACCACAUAUCACAGGCAUAGUAAGUACAUUUUCCCUUCGUAAAGUAGUUCUCAGCAAAGUCAGUGCUAGUAGGAAAAGACAAGUUCAGGUCAGAUUUAUUGAAGAUACUCUUUGAAGAGGUAGGGUCAUCGUGGUUUUCGGGAAGAUGGGCUGGGACUCUGCUGUCCUGACAUUAGGGUUCCAGUAUUGGUGUGCCAGGACAGAGAAUAACUUUGACUGGGCUGAUUGGGAGCUGGUGAGAGGGCCAAGAGACCAGAGUUGGCAUAACGGAGUGCUCGGGUUGGAUGGGUUGUAGGUAGGGAGGGGCAGUUCCCUUGUAUGCAUCAGGGUCUUGAAGUGGAUGUGAGCUUUGACAGGAAGCCAGUGGAGUGUGUGGAGGAGCGGGGUGAUAUGGGAGAACUUGGGGAGGUUGAACACCUGGCGGGCUGCGGCAUUCUGGAUAGGUUGCAGGGGAGCCCAGCCAACAGAGAGUUGCAGGGGAGCCCAGCCAACAGAGA